GCGCUCGUGCUCGAUACCGAGGGACCUCGCCAGGUCCGGACGCCGCCAUCCCGCCCCGUCCUCCGCCUCUGACGCCUCGACCUCGACCUCGACCGCUAUGGCCCGCUCGAUGUUCCUCUCAGCGCUGCUCGUGCUCAGCGCGCUCUGGUGCGCCGGGGCGACGCAGGUGAUGCAACGGCCGGCAGACUACAUGUCUCCGCCACGCGAAUACGCGAUGGGCGACCCGGAGCCGCAGACGAUCAGCAAGCGUGCUGACGGCGGAUAUGUGCAAGCAGCGUACUUCACGAACUGGGGCAUCUACGGCGCGAACUUCCAGCCAACGAACAUCACGCCGAGCGACCUCACGCAUAUACUGUAUGCGUUUGCGGACGUGUCGCCGAGUACUGGAGAGAUCGCACUCACGGACUCGUACGCUGAUGAGCAGAAGCACUUCCCGGGAGACUCGUGGGAUGACACUGGAAACAACCUGUACGGGUGCUUGAAGCAGAUGUACCUGCUCAAGCUCGCGAAUCGGAACCUCAAGGUGCUCCUCUCCGUCGGUGGCUAUACGUAUUCGCAGGACGGCCACUUCAGCUUCGUCACGAACGACUCGCUGCGCUCCGCCUUCGUCUCCUCCGCAACGUCGUACAUCGAGAACUUUGGGCUCGACGGCAUUGACAUCGACUUUGAGUACGCGAACACGCCUGCGCUCGCCGCGGGCUUCGCUAGCUUACUCACGGAGCUCCGCACCGCGUUCGACGCGCUCGCGAAGAAGAAGGGCGACAGCACGCCUUACCAGCUCACUGUCGCCGCCCCCGCAGGCUGGGCCAACUACCAAUAUUUCAACGUCCCGGCGAUGGAUGCGGCGAUCACGUACUGGAACAUCAUGGCAUAUGACUACGCGGGCUCAUGGGAGAACAUCACUGCGAAUCAGGCGAACGUCUACGAUGCGUCCCUCACAAACGUCAGCACGGACAUUGCCAUCAAGUGGUACCUCUCGCAGGGCGCGACCGCAAGCAAGGUCACCAUGGGCAUCCCUCUCUACGGCCGUGCGUUCGAGAAUACGACAGGCCUCGGCGCGCUCUACAAUGGCGUCGGCCCAGGCACGAUACAGGCGGGCAUCUACUCGUAUGACACCCUCCCACUCUCGGGCGCAUCCGUCUACGAGAACCACACCUCCGUCGCGGCGUACUCGUACGACUCCUCCAAGGGGGAGUUCGUGAGCUACGACACGCCGAACAUCGCGAAGGCGAAGGCGCAAUACGUCACGGCCAACGGGCUCGCGGGAUCGAUGUUCUGGGACCUGAGCACGGACAAGACCGGCUCGGACUCGCUCGUGUACACCACGAGUCAGACGUACGGUAGCCUCGACCAGACGCAGAACCACAUCGACUACCCCGACAGCGAAUGGACGAACAUCGCGAACAACAUGGCCGGGUCCUCUGCGUCAAGCACCGCCUCCAGCACGGCAACUGCUAGCACUACGGUUUCGAGCACGAGCAGCCCGACGACGACCAGUACCGACACGACAGGUGCGUGCGCUAGCGCCAGCGCGUGGAGCGCCUCGGCGACAUACACCGCGGGAAAUGAGGUCACUUACAACGGCGAUCUCUGGUCGGCACAGUGGUGGACCAACGGUGACACCCCUGGCGGCUCAGCGGGUGUCUGGACGGAUGAGGGCGCGUGCUAGACGCACACGCACUGUGGGUCCGCGGAGGGGGUAUCGCCUUGAAGACGAUUCCUGUUACGCUACAUAUAACUUAUGCAACUGGGCAUGUGAGGAAUGGGUGUACACAAGC